CAUACGAGUUUUAGUGUUAUGUGCUAAUCAGCAAAAACUUUGUGGAUGGACCUCCGCGUUUUCGCGAAACUGGCCUGGCAAUUUGAAACCGAAACUUUGGCGCCGACACGGCGUUCUUUUUAGUUCUGAGUCGAAGCAAUCGUUGUUGUCGGUUGCUGGACCAGAAGCGUGGACGCCCAGAUGGAGAGCGCCAUCUCCGCCUUCUGCCAAUCCCUCGCCGCCUUCUGUCAUCACGUCGACACCGCCUCCAAAUCCCUCUCCGACUCCAUCCAACGCCGCCCGAUUCCCCUCGAUUCGGCUGCAUCCGCCUUCUUGCAAUCAGUCGAUCGACGGAUCUCCUCAGCCAGCGCCGACUUCGACCUCCUCGAGUCCAUGGCCUUCGGCACGGUCUCCUUCGAGGAGCUCCUCGGCCACUGCAACGAGGUCUUCAAGAACAACCAGAGAUACAUCGCCGACCUCGAGGAGAGGAUGCAGAGUUUAGGAUACGUCCCUGAGGUAGAGUUGGAAGAUGACGAGGUUUUGGAUGAUUCGAAGUUUAUGAGUCCUGUGAGUGGAUUUCAGAAACCUUCCUUUGAGUUUGUCUCGGUUUCUGUUGUUCGGUCGAGCAGGAAGAGGCUAGAGGAGGAUUCCUUAUUUGAGGAUUCCAUUUCCUUGCAAAAUCUUGGUCUUUCAGAUGCUGGUCUGGCAACUUUAGCUUCAGAAGCAGGCAAUGACACAGAUGACAGAGGUCUUUCAACCAUGAAAAAAAAUUCAGGAGAAACAAUGAGUUAUUGUAAUGACAUAAUAUCUGACAAGAUGACUUUGCCUGGAUAUUCAAAACAAGCCCUGAAUGCUUCAGAUUCAUACAAUGAUGAAAUUCCAGUUAUCAGAAAUAUUGCCAAAGCUAUAGUGUGUGCAUCUAGAGAUGACUAUGAUGACCUGCCUGCUUUCAUGAAAAGUCUGGUAUCAUGGGAGGAGUUGCAGGAAGCUGUGGUCAAGAUUAAUUCUUUCCUCUCUGAACAUAAGCACAAUGAUGUGUUUAACCAAGAUGAGAUUGAAAAAAUGGGGCUCGGGCGAAAAGCAAGAUCUUACUUGUUACUUCUUCUGAGGAUGAAUCAGUUUGUUGCGGAGACAAUCGACAACUCUAUAUUCUACAGAGUUCACCCUGUUUGCUCGUAGAUUUGUCAUUGGUGAAGUUUCGCCCAAAAUAUUAUCAAUGAAUCAGGUUGCUUUAUGAUUGUUAUAUUCAGGUAAUCAAUCUAGGAACUAUUAUAUGACAGGGUUUGCUAUCUAGUAUGCAUCUCCACGAGAGAGGCUCAUUGUUUUUGUAAAAAUUUUGAAGUAGCAAAUAUAUUGCUCAUCGUAUUUUCCAA